AUGCUUCGAAUUUGCCGGCCUGCGCGGGCCCUUGGCCAAAUCCGCUCGCCAUGGAUCCCGGCAAGAGCAGCAAUACACGUUGCGCCGGGGACUGCGGCUGGCAGGAAGAACACAAUAAUCACACCCUCGAUGACGACAGCGACGAGGCGGACGUUCGCCACUGUGCGCUGGACCCAGGAUCCAACAGAGCGCGACGCUAUCACGACGUUGUCCAACGGCAUCCGCGUGGCCUCGGAAGACCUGCCUGACGCUUUCUCGGGCGUGGGAAUCUACAUCGAUGCUGGAUCGCGCUACGAGAACGACUCACUUCGUGGCGUGAGCCACAUUAUGGACCGGCUGGCUUUCAAGUCGACCACCGACCGCACUGCUGACGAGAUGCUGGAGAUUGUCGAGAACUUGGGCGGCAACAUCCAGUGCGCAUCGUCCAGAGAGUCCAUGAUGUACCAAGCCGCCACCUUCAACGCCGCCAUCCCCCAGACUAUGGGGCUGCUGGCCGACACUAUCCGCAAUCCAAAUCUCACCGAUGAAGAGAUUGAGCAGCAGCUAGAAACAGCCAAGUACGAAGUCACUGAGAUCUGGUCCAAACCUGAGCUGAUCCUCCCCGAGCUGGUCCACACGGCUGCCUUUAAAGACAACACGCUUGGCAACCCGUUGCUCUGCCCCGAGGACAGAUUGGAAGUUAUUGACAGGAGUUAUAUCCGGGCGUACCGACAGGCUUUCUACAGACCAGAGCGCAUCGUUGUUGCAUUUGCCGGCGUCGCGCAUGCCGAGGCCGUGAGACUUACUGAGAAAUUCUUUGGCGACAUGACCGCUUGGGAAACUCCGGCGAUAUCCAGGACAGGCUCUGAGACGUCGCUCGACUCGCUGCAGUCCGACUCGAGCGACAGCUCGGCCACGGGAUCGUCAUCCUCCACAACCAGCCCUUUGGUACAACAACCCUCUAGAUUAAUAUCUAAAAUACCCUUCUUAAAGCACCUCUCCACCUCCGCGCCACACAAUGCCUCCGUCAUCACCCCGGAGACCUUCUCCCGCUCCACGCACUCCCUCGUCCCCAUCUUAUCUGAGGACCUCCAACGGCCUUCCCAAUACACUGGUGGAUUCCUCUCGUUGCCGGCGCUGCCAUUGCCCCUCAACCCCAACCAACCUACUUUCACUCACAUUCAGCUCGCCUUUGAGGGCCUCCCUAUCUCAUCGGACGACAUCUACGCCCUCGCUACAUUACAAACGCUCCUCGGCGGCGGCGGGUCAUUCUCGGCGGGCGGCCCUGGCAAGGGCAUGUACUCGCGGCUGUAUACUAACGUGCUGAACCAACACGGCUGGGUCGAGUCCUGCAUGGCCUUCAACCACUCGUAUACGGACUCGGGACUAUUUGGCAUCGCCGCCUCGUGCUACCCGGGGCGAACCCUGGCUAUGCUGCAAGUAAUGUGCCGCGAGCUCCAAGCUCUCACCCACGAAGGGGGCUUCUCGGCGCUCAACGAGAUUGAGGUGGCGCGCGCCAAGAAUCAGCUCCGCAGCAGCCUGCUCAUGAAUCUCGAGAGCCGCAUGGUCGAGCUCGAAGACCUCGGCCGCCAGGUCCAGGUGCACGGCCACAAGAUCCCCGUGCGCGAGAUGACGGCCCGCAUCAACGACCUGACAGUAGAGGAUCUGCGGCGCGUGGCCAAGAUGGUCGUCAGCGGUAUGGUGCAGAACCGCGGCGCAGGCAGCGGGGCCCCUACCGUCGUGCUACAAGAGGCUACGGCCCAGGGCGUCAAGCAGACCACACUCCCGUGGGACCAGAUCCAGGACGUCAUCUCCCAGUGGAACCUGGGUAGGCGUUGAUGCACUGUAACCUGUGCGUCUGUCCGUAUGUAACAUGUAUAAUAGCGGCUGAAAACUGUAUAAAAUAGAUAUAUGUAUUAAAACGCGCACAUCCGGGCUAGAGUUUGUGGGGACGGCUACUUAUUCGUUAUACAGCCUCAUUACGAUCACUGUCGCCGUAAUGGGACUUGGUUUAUCGCAUGUCUUUCUCGUCCCACCACGUGAUCCGAUUAGUGG